UAUACAGUAUGCUUCGAUUAAAGACAUGUAUGUUUUUAAUCAUAUCUUACCUGGAAGGCCUGCCUUAUUCUUAUUUCAGAACACACUUGGAUUAAUAUAUCACGUAGCGGAGCCGUUUUGUGAAUCAAAAAUAAACAUUUUACGAGGACAUUACAGUCUUUAGUUUCCUCCACCUCAUCCAAGGCAUCUAAGACAUCCGAAACUUUAUCAGGGAUAGCAAACGGAAUUAAACAGGCCUUAAGAACAAUGGUUGAACUAAAAGAAAUUGCUCAGCCGAAGAAAAAAUUCUUAAAAGUUGGUAUGCGUCAAGACAAUCGACUUCAAGAAUGUAAAGAUUCUGAGUUCAAGCAAUCUUUUCCAGACGUUGAUUAUUCAUUCCUUGGCUACAAUAUAUUUAAAGGAUUUCCACUUGCAGUCGACCACGAUCCUGGUUUUACCUACCCAAUUUUUCGAGCAAAUUACUCGUCUGGUGGGCAAACAGCUGAUUGUCGAUAUAGUGUACCACAGGGCCUAGUGAUUAUUCCAGACGUCUCAUGUGUGACGUCAUUUGCAUCUAAAACAGUACAAACAAAAUACGAGUAUUCCAAAGAAUUGUCAAUUUCAGCAAACAUAAGUGGUGGUGCGUUAGGAGAUAGCUUUUCUGCAAGUGCCGGCUACAAGUAUUCCUCUUCACAAAUUUCCUCUGGAGAAUCAGUUUUUAUCAUUUCUUUUGCAAAGUGCAGCUAUUAUUUCAUAAAACUUAUAACUGAAAAGCCUCCCAAAUUUGAUGCGGUAUUUAUCGAAUGGAUUCAAAAAUUGAAUAAUACAAAUGCAAACUCUGAAAUUUAUUUUGACUUUUUCGAUACCUAUGGAACUCAUUUCUUAAUGGAAGUAACUUAUGGCGCUAGAUAUACAUUAGAACAUAAGAUGUCAUCAGACACUUUUGAAAGUAAACGGGAACACGGAGUCAACGUAGGCCAAGAAGCUAGUUAUGCUGGUCUGUUUAACGUUGGGAGGACAUUCAGUUUUGAUGCUUCUACACGGGAAAUAGCGACGUCUUUCUUAAAGUCGGUAGAAAUUAAAACUAUUACAGUCGGCGCUGCACUACCAUCAAAUGGGGAUACAAGUACAUGGGCGUCUGAGUUUAAAAACAGUCCGAUACCAACCGCUUAUAAACUGUCGUCUAUUUGACACUUUGUUUACAGACAAAUACAUGGAUGGUUUAAAUGUAGAUAAUAAUCGUAUCCGGAAAGACGUAAACAGUAAAAUGGCUGAUUACUGUAAAUUCCUAACGGAUCAAGGACAGUUAGAUUCAUGUGAAGAGCUGAUUGGUGGCAUAGAAAUGGAUAACACAAGAUUUGUCCGCCGCUACCUUGAAAUACGCGUUUCUUCAGUUUCUGAAUGCAUUGACAGAUGUCUGCAGGAAGUUAAGUGCGAGGCAACAUCAUUUUGUUACAAUUGCAAUGUAAACAGUGGGCAUGGAUACAAGACGUCUUACUUUUACCACGGACGUGGUCAGAAAUUGUCUGCAUUUCAAGAAAAUAGGCCUUAUUUUACAUGGAAAAGUAACGUCAUCCAAGAAAAAAUGAAAACACAAUUAGAGUUAACUGACACAACGGUCAUAGGUCUUCCGCGUGGAUUUGAAAAUGACGAGGAUGAGAAAGCAAACCUACCUAGAUGUCAUGAUCUUUGUGUUAAAGAUGCAUAUUGCGUUGCUUACACCCAUUGUGUAUGCCCUAGUAAGACAAUUAUAUGUCAAAUGUUUAGUGAAGAAAGGAUCACUGGGCUCAAACUGGAAUUCGGAACACAGACAUACUUUAUUUCAUGUCGCUAUUACACUGCCGCAGCUUCAACGGAAUCCCCGACCAACACCACCCCACAUUCAACAACCACAUAACAGUAAAACUAAAUCAUGAUUCAGAUAGACAUCUUUUAUAAGAAAUGUGAACGUCACCAAAUCAUACACAGAAAUAGUUGUUUUACAUGAAAAUUUAACAGCAUAUAAAACAAGUUUUUGAACGAUUGUCAAAUUAUUGAUACAUACCUUGAAUUCUGGCAGAAAAAUGCAUCAAGAGACCACCAUUCCGAAAAAUGAAUCUCCACUUCUCAAAUACCUGUUAGAUGUGUCGAAUUUCAUUCAUUUCCUAGUGCUAUUUAACAGCAAUUUCGAAAAUUGUUUAUUUCUAUUUCUUUAUAAAUGGCAAUGUUUGCGAUGUAGUAGGAAUACUGCGUUUAAGGAACGUGGCUUUCCCUGUUUAAUGUUCAUCCUUGUUCCAACUUCCCCCAGCAUCCGACCCUUUUAUCUACCCCUUACCAUCCCAAUCAUUUUUCUGUAUUUUGCAUAUAUUUAUUUACUUGUUGUUGGAUUUUUGAAGCAACAGGUCUACAAUAUUUGUCCGUUACAGCUUCUUUUUUGUGGGCCUAUUUUGCGAUGCGAGGCUCUAUGGCUGUGUUUCCGGGAAAUCAACCCAUACCCUUUUUCUUUUAAAAGUCGGGCAACGUUUUAGAACAUUUAAGUACAGAACGGGACAGUACGGUAAAGGAUGUUAUUUUCAUUUACCAACUGUAGUGAAAAGUUCUCUCUUUUAUAGAUAAUUCAUGUCGAUUUCAUAAAAGUCAAUUUAUUCAUUUCUUUUCAAAAGUUGUUGCCCUUAAAUUGUAAUGACAAUCUGUCAAAUAUUGCAUAAGGCGGACAAUGCCAAAAAUAAUUACAUCAACGAAAAACUUUUUUUCCAGAUUUAGAGAUGUACACGUUUUACAGUAAUAUUUAUAAGACUUCAAUAUCGUAUACAAGAUUUUAAACUACCCUGAUGUUUGAACUUUUCCUGGAGUCAUUUUCCAGUUUCUAACGCAUAUGUCAAUAAAAUGACGACUCUGUAGUAGCAUAAUAAACUUGCUUUUUUGCUGUUUAGUUUUCAUAUAAAACAACGGUUUCUGAACCUGACCUUUAACAAAAUAAUAGGAGGAAAAGAAGUUAUUAAACUAUCAAAUCAGUUUAUGCGUAUAAAAUAUCAGUUUAAUUUUUAGCUGACUGCGAGUUUCAGAUUAUAUGCCCAGGAUAACUAUAUUACACAUUUUGUUGUAUUUUAAGAAUGAAUGCUUUGGAUGGAUUUGCAAACCACUUAAUCUUUAUGUUUAAUUCAAUAUAAUACAGCUGCGCAUAUAUGACAGAAAGUAUAAUGUUAUAACAAAUGCAAAUCAGUCUAGAUAAAAUGAAUAAGAAUGUAAACAUCUUUCUUAAAGAAGCGUAUUUAAACAAAGCGCGGGAAAUCAACACAGGUAAACAAAAAGGAUAUAUUGACGUUUCAAAGACGCACAACAACAAACUUCCUGGUUCGUUUUAUCAUAAAUUUCGUAGCGUAACGUUUUUUCUGUCGUAAACUAUCUUAUUUUGAAUAGAGAACUAUACUAAAGGAUUAAAGCUUUGUGUACAAUAAGGAAAUAACCAAUACAAACAUAUACGAAUAUUUAAGGCAGAGUUUUCUCCCUCGGUGUAUUGGUGCGCUACACCGGACGCCUUGGGGAUCACGGUCUCCUUACUUGGACGGAAACAUGUUUCCUUUUAAGUAAGACUAUGAGUCUGAACUUAGAUUAACAGCCAAAAGAGUGCACGCUAGGGCGAUCCAUGUAGCGUUGUAUUUGGCAUCUCUGGCACAAUCCUCAACUACAAACAGUCCCAUUAGAGGGAAGUAUAUGUACGUGUUUGUUUCGUAUGCCGUUUUAAAGAAGUGAUGAACUUUUGAAAAUAAAUAGAUUUGACAAUAUUUAUCACUAUUGUAUGUGUUCAUAGAGUCGAGUUAAUCGGACAAGUAUCGUGACGGGGCUUGGAUCCUCAUAGCUAGAACUGGUAUUGUACUUUCCCCAGUUCUCUCUCUCUCUGUGUGUGUG